CAGAAUUAUUUGCUCACCGUCGCUUGUCGCGUGCGGAUCUGAAUAGUUGUAAUCCGAUAUUUCGGACGGUAUGGGUACGUCAGAAUUGCUCAUAGUCGUAGUCCUAAUAACCGCUACCGGAGGGCAACUUUUGCCCGAGAACACGUGCCCCACAUAUUUUCAGUACGUGAACGAUGCCUUCGGCGGUGUCGUGGGUGAAGUGACUUUACCUGGACUGGCACAGGGCAGAAAUCGCAUCGAUGUGCGAUUCACUCAGCGCGGUGAUCAAGACGCCUCUGCAGUGGGCCCUUUGAGCCCCUAUCCGGACGAGAGAGCAGCCCGGGCUAGACCGUCACGGUUCCGAAUCAGCCUCCGGCCGAACCUGUCCACUGGUAUUCUGCCCAAGUUAUCGCGGCUCUCCUACAACGAUCAGCUCCUCUGUUCGGCCAGCGAAUAUGGUCCACCCAAUAGUUUCUUCAACCGCUUCUACGAGCUGCACAUAAGUGGAUCCCCGGUUCCCUUGCCUUCCCCCAGCUUUACGCCAUUUCCCCAAAAUCCUUUCGACGUGGAUGUUCAGACUAUAUUCUUUGGCCCUGGUUCCCAAGGCAAUGAGGUAUUCCCUGGCUUCACCCAGAGCUGGCGGACAUCGGUGGUCAGUAAUAGGCCAGACGCGUUGCCAUCAGCAUUGCCAACAUCACCAGCCAUCAGGCCUAGUUCCUUGCCUGCAUCGUGGCCGAUGUUUUCGGUUCCAGGACCUCCCCCAACUCGGUCUAUACCUCAAGUGCCGACGACAAGAACAGAAACUCCACCAGCCCCGCCACCCAGAACUCCAGCACCACCGGUGAAAACUGCGCCUCCACCUGAUUCUGCUCCGAGGAUUAGUCCCACACCUCCUACCGCUGCCGCAAGCGAAGUGUGCGGCCAGGAGGGUCGCUGGUCAUCAUUCAUUUACAACGGACAGGAAUAUAGUCGCGGAAAAUAUCCGUGGCUUACGGCUAUCCAUCAUGCCCAGUCGGGCAAGCGAUCCUUUGUGUGCGGUGGAUCCCUGUUAUCCACCAAUAUGGUCAUAACCGCCGCCCACUGCGUUCACAAAAUGGAAACUCAUAAUAUUUUUAUUGAGCUGGGGCGCCACGAUCUCUACGACAACGACGAGAUUGGAGCGGAGGCGCGGAAUGUGAAGGGAUUGCUGCUUCAUCCUGACUAUAAUAGUCGCACCCAACCCGAUGCUGAUGUGGCUUUGGUCACUAUGGAGCGACCAGUGGUGUUCAACGACAUCAUUAGCCCCAUUUGCCUUUGGACAGUGGAGGAGAGUAGCAUUGUAGCCACCUCAGGAUUCAUUGCUGGCUGGGGCAAAGAUGAGGUGGGUAAUGAGAAGACCCAGUACCCCCGGGUCGUGGAGGCUGCGUUUGGCAGUGCGACAGACUGUGCCAGCCGAUGGAGAGUACCGAGGGUGACGGAUCGCACCCUUUGCGCCGGAAACCGCGAUGGCUCCGGGCCUUGCUUCGGAGAUUCCGGGGGUGGACUGAUGGUUCGGCGACACAAUCGAUGGCUACUUCGGGCCAUCGUGUCGGUAGGUGAAAGAGAGCGCGAUCGAUGCCAGCUAAAUCAAUUCGUUCUCUACUGUGAUCUGGCGAAGCAUCUUGCCUGGAUAAACGACAACCUUUUGUGAGAUCCGGAAUAUCUAUUUAAAUUAUAAAAAUAUAAAUAAAAACUCAAGCCAAAGCAAG